AUGGGUCUCUCCAUCAACAACAUCUUUGCUGUCAAUGAGGACCGGCCCACUCCCAAGGCUGUGUACAAUUGGCGCGUCUACACAUGUGCUGCCAUCGCCUCUUUCGCAUCAUGCAUGAUCGGCUAUGACUCUGCCUUCAUUGGCACCACCAUCGCCCUUCCUUCUUUCACCGAGGAGUUUGACUUUGCCUCCUACGAGCCCGAUCAACUCGCUCUUCUCAAAGCCAACAUCGUCUCGGUCUAUCAAGCCGGCGCGUUCUUCGGUAGUCUCUUCGCCUAUAUUACCUCGUAUUUCAUCGGUCGACGUUAUUCCCUUAUCGCUUUCAGCUUUGUCUUUAUGAUCGGAGCUGGCAUGAUGCUUGGCGCCAAUGCUGAGCGUGGCUUGGGACUCAUCAUCGGUGGUCGUGUUCUUGCUGGAGUAGGCGUUGGCGCUUGUUCCAAUAUGGUUCCCAUCUACUGCUCUGAGCUCUCCCCACCUGCUAUUCGUGGUCGCCUUGUUGGUAUCUACGAAUUGGGAUGGCAGAUCGGCGGCCUUGUCGGCUUCUGGAUCAACUAUGGACUGGCUGAGACCAUGGCCCCCAGCCACAAGCAGUGGAUCAUCCCUUUUGCUGUCCAACUUAUCCCCGCAGGCAUGCUGCUUUUCGGUGCCUUCUGGAUUAAGGAAUCUCCUCGAUGGCUCUUCUCCAAGGGUCGACGUGAGGAAGCCAUGAAGAAUCUGUGCUGGUUGAGACAGCUUUCUCCCGAAGACCUUUAUAUCGUUGAAGAAGUCAGCUACAUGGACCAGGAGUUAGACCGCUAUAACCGAGAAGUCGGUCCCGGCUUUUGGAAGCCUUUCAGUGCACUCAAGAGCCGACAGAUUCAGUGGCGUUUCUUCCUGGGUGGCAUGAUGUUCCUCUGGCAGAACGGGUCUGGCAUCAACGCUAUCAACUAUUACAGUCCUACUGUCUUUAAGAGUAUUGGAAUCCAGGGCACCAACACCGGUUUCCUUACUACCGGUAUCUUUGGCGUGGUCAAGACAGCUGUCACUAUCAUCUUCAUUCUGUUCUUGAUUGAGACUGUCGGGCGCAGGAAGCUGUUAAUCAUUGGUUCCGUUGGUGGUUCUCUUUGCAUGUGGUUCAUCGGAGCUUACAUCAAGGUCGCCAACCCAGCUGGUAAGGUGGCUGCUGCUGAGGCCGCUGGAGCUGCCGCCCCUUCAAUGUCAGGCGGUGGUAUUGCUGCUGUUUUCUUCUUCUAUCUUUGGACUGUCUUUUACUCGCCCACAUGGAACCCGAUUCCUUGGGUUCUCAACUCUGAGAUGUUCGACGAGAAGUCUAGAUCCCUCGGUCAAGCUUCCGCCGCAGCCAACAACUGGUUCUGGAAUUUCAUCGUCUCUCGAUUCACCCCUCAGAUGUUCAUCAAGAUGGGCUACAGUGUCUAUUUCUUCUUCGCUUCCCUUAUGAUCCUCUCCGCCACCUUUGUCUUCUUCUUCAUCCCUGAGACCAAGGGUCUGCCGCUUGACACCAUGAACCGUCUAUUCGAGAUCAAGCCGGUAUGGAAGGCCCACGGACAGCUUUCUGAGGAGUUGAGGCUGCAAGAGGAUGAGUUCAGACGUAAUGCUGAGGGUAGCAACAUCAGUGCCGAGAAGGCCCAAGCCCUCGCUGAUGAGCGUGAGGAUGUCUAG